CAAGUUUUGUGUUUUCCCCACAUGCAGAGGAGAACGAUGAUCCUCGCAGCAUUCUAUGUUCUUCUGCCUCUUUUUGAUGUGUUGUCGCACGCGGAGGAGAGCGUGCGCGCGGGCGCCGCGCGGCUGGACUGCGUGCGGGCCAGCGAGCAGUGUCUGAAGGAGCAGACGUGCAGCACCAAGUACCGCACCUUGAGGCAGUGCGUGGCCGGCGGCAAGGAGAGCAACUUCAGGAUGGUGGACGGCCUGGAGGCGAAGGACGAGUGCCGGAGCGCCAUGGACGCGCUCAAGCAGAGCCCGCUGUACAACUGCCGCUGCAAGAGGGGCAUGAAGAAGGAGAAGAACUGCCUGCGAAUCUACUGGGGGAUCUAUCAGAUCUAUCAAGGGAAUGACUUCUUGGAGGAUUCUCCCUACGAACCGGUGAACAGCCGGCUGUCUGACAUUUUCCGCCUGGCUCCCAUCAUCGAGGGUGGGGAACCUUGGAGCAGCUCCUCCACCUCGGCUCCCGACAGGGGGGGCGCCCCGGGCCGAGGGAGCCCCUCUUCCACCGACCUGCAGGACCCCAGUAGAAACAGGAGGGCCCACCCCAAUUGGGCCAUACUGGGCGAGCCCGCCGUGGCCAGAGAGAACAACUGCCUCAACGCCGCCAAGGCCUGCAACCUCAACGACACCUGCAAGAAGUACCGCUCGGCCUACAUCAGCCCGUGCACCAGCCGCGUCUCCACCGCCGAGGUCUGCAACAAGAGGAAGUGCCACAAGGCCCUGAGGCAGUUCUUUGACAAGGUCCCUCCGAAGCACAGCUACGGCAUGCUGUUCUGCUCGUGUCCGAUCAGCGACCAGACGGCGUGCUCCGAGCGAAGGCGUCAGACCAUCGUCCCCGUCUGCUCGUACGAAGAGAAGCAGAUGCCCAACUGUCUGGAGCUGCAGGCCUCCUGCAAGACCAACUACAUCUGCAGGUCACGACUCGCCGACUUCUUCGUCAACUGCCAGCCGGAGCCUCGCUCGCUGUCGGGCUGCCUGAAGGAAAACUACGCCGACUGCCUCCUCGCCUACUCGGGACUGAUCGGCACCGUCAUGACGCCCAACUACCUGCGCUCGCAGAAGAUCAGCGUCUCUCCCUACUGCGACUGCAGCAACAGCGGGAACAACAAGGACGAGUGCGACAAGUUCACCGAGUUUUUCACGGAGAACACCUGCCUCCGUAACGCCAUCCAGGCCUUUGGAAACGGAACAGACGUGGGCGUGUGGCAGCCGAUGUCUCCGGUCCAGACCACCACCUCCACCACCACCCCCUACCAAAGAACCCGCGAGCGCAACCCCAACACCAUCGACAACCACAUCAACACAGACCCCGGCAUCUACCACUUCUGCGGCAGCCUACAGGCCCAGAAGCUGAAGUCGAACUCGAGUCUCGAUAACGUCCUUUGUGUGGACCCUCUGAUAGACGGUCCCAGCACGUCCAACGCCAUCCUGAGAAACUGGGCCGGGUCCAGACGGCCCGGCGCCGUCAGCUCUCUGCUGCCCCCGCUGCUCUGGCUCUGGUACUGCAGCCUGCCCACGCCGUCUUUACCGGGCGCCUUGUAGCCGUUUCGCUGCAACACACACUACAAGGGACUGACUGUCAAACACACAUUUGUAUAAAAGAAAUUAUAUCCUUUUCUUUUUUGAUUAUCCCUGUUGUACUAUGAUUUCUCCUGGAUUUCUCUCUUUUUAUCCCCCAUUUUGAUUUUUUUAUGAAGUUUUGGGAAGUUUUCUUGUUUGUUUUGUUGUUUAUUUUUUUGCAUUGCAGCUGUGUGCUACAACAGUGAUCGACUAUACAUGUUAACUCCGUUCUGGCUGUGUGUUCACGUGA